ACCAAAAAUUUGAGCUCCCUGGAGAGUUGAGGACGGUGGCUUUCUUGGUCUUCCUCAGAGGCGCUGGAGAUGAUGCGGAGAGCUGCUGCUGCUUCUUCUUCUUCUUAUUGCAACAACAGAGGUAGAGGAGGAGGAGGAGGAGGAGGUAUGCCUCGUCUUCAUUCUAUUCUUGUUUUCUUCAACAAUAUCUUUGUAUAUUCCUUUCAUUCUCAAGCUUCAGUGGCCAAGCUCACUAAUCUUGGGGUUGGGGAUGGCGUAAGUUUGUUCAAUGCGAUGCUUCAAAUGCGUCCUCUGCCUUGUGUUGUCCGUUUCAAUCAAAUCAUGGGUCACAUCGCAAAAUUGAAACAUUAUCAGGCAGUCAUUUCUCUGUAUACCCAAAUGGAUCGGCUAAGAGUUGUUCCCGAUGCUUACACUCUCAAUAUUAUCAUCAAUUGCUUCUGUCAUUUGAACCAAAUGGGAUUCAGUUUGUGUGUGUUGGGAAAAUUCUUCAAAUUUGGUAUUCAACCAAAUAUCACAACCCUCAACACUCUUAUCAAGGGCUUUUUCCUUGAAGGGAAAGUUUCUCAGGCAGCACUACUUUUCAGCACAAUGGUGGAGCAAGGUUGUAAGCCGAAUGAUGUUACUUUCGGAACACUAAUGAAGGGCUAUUGCAUGAUGGGAAAUAAUACUGCAGCUAUUCAAUUGCUUAGGAAGAUGGAACAACAAUCUCGAGAUUGUAAGCCUAAUGUGGUUGUCUAUAAUAUCAUCAUUGACAGUCUCUGUAAGGAUACACUAGUUCCUGAUGCAGUUAAGCUCUUCUCAGAAAUGAUUAGUAGGGGUAUUGCCCCUGACGUCAUUACUUAUACCUCUUUGAUUCAUGGAGUUUGCAAAUUAGGCCAGUGGAAAGAAGCUACGAGAUUGUUGAAUGAGAUGGUCAGUAAGGAUAUCUUCCCGAAUUUAGUAACCUUCAGUACCCUGGUCGAUACACUUUGUAAGGAGGGGAUGGUUGUGGAAGCACAAAGUGUGCUUGAAAUGAUGAUUCAAAGAGGUAUCAAACCUGAUACAGUCACCUACAGUUCACUUAUGGAUGGCUACUGUCUGCGAGGAGAAAUGGAGAAAGCUAAAGAGGUUUUUGAUAUGAUGAAUGGCAAGGGCUCCGUUGUUAAUGCUUAUAGUUAUACCAUACUGAUAAAUGGAUAUUGUAGGUGUAAAAGGAUGAAUGAGGCCAUCAGGCUUUUUCACGAAAUGUCUGAUAGGGGACUGGUUCCAAAUACCAUCACAUAUACUGCUCUUAUGGAUGGUUUUUGCAAAGUGGGAAGAAUACUAGAUGCCCAGAGAUUGUUCAGCAAGUUGCAAGCUUGUGGCCAAGUUCUUGAUCUUCAAACUUAUGCCGUUCUACUGGAUGGCCUGUUUAAAAACCAACAACUUGCUAUGGCAAUGGAGUUGUUCGGGGAGUUGGAAUGCAUGAAGCUGGAUUUGAAUAUAGUAAUAUACAGUACUCUUAUUGAAGGUUUGUGUAUAGCUGGAAAAAUUGCAUCUGCAAGGGACCAUUUUUACGGUUUAUCAUCAAAAGGACUUGAACCUGAUGCAAGGACGUACACUAUAAUGAUCAAGGGACUUUGUGACAGAGGUUUAAUAACUGAAGCGGAAAAGUUGCUUAGAGAAAUGGAAGAUAAAUGCCGUUCUCCAAAUGACUGCACAUAUAACACAAUUAUCCGAGGGUUUCUCAAUAAUGACGAGACAGUCAAGGCAGUGGGACUUGUUCACGAAAUGAUGGACAGGGGUUUCUCUGCAGAUGCAUGGACGAUGGAAUUAAUCAUUGGUUUAUUGUCUAAAGAUAAAGUAGAUCCUGCUUUGUUGUCAUUGAUAGAAAAGUAAGUAAUUAUGAGGUUAGUUUCCGUAUUUGAAGCUUAUCCUUUCCCUAUUACAGUGAAGCUCAAAAACUGCUGGAAUCUUUGACAAUGUAGAUAACUUUAUUGUAUUUGUAGUAUAUCAAUCCAUCAUGUGAAACGACUAUGUCAGUUUGCAUGGAAAGGGAUAGGAUGGUCGAUGUUUGAGGGAUCUUGAGAUGGGUAGGUAGAAUAUUUGAGGGAGAGAGUUUGAUUUUGAGCAUUGCUUUGUUUAGCGUUUAGGGAAAACUCUUUCGGAGCUACUUUUAUGAUUGGAGUGCUGCUCUGCUUUUUUUCUUUGGUUACAUGGAGGUCUUAAACAGGACCUAAAGCAGCAAGAGAAAAGAGCCAAGUUACAGACCUUGCAGAGUGCGCCUAGGUCUAGAAACUUUAGAGAGGUCAUCAAGAGAAGCAGUAGCAAACUCAAAUAAGAUAACACCAUGGUCAUGCUCCAACCAGUCUCAGCAAGGGAAUGAGCAUUACAGUUGCAUUAUGAGAUUCCCCAAGAGGAUGGGACUCAAUGUCUCUAUGCAGAACAAGGUUUCCCUGGAUUGAAGAGUACAAUUCAGUCUCCAAUUUGGCAAUAUUGCAAUUCAAAGCCAUUCAGACCAAUUAAUAAGCCCCAAGCUUUAGCAUCUAUCAAUUGGCCUCAAUACCUAAAUUUGCUUGGAAGAUCACCAAGGUCGCCAUUGACAAAGCAUAUGGGAAGAUCACCAAGGUCGGUAGGUCAUUUUCCAGGUUCAGGGACUAUGAUGCCAUGGGACCCAGUGUUAAGUUAGUGCAGUGGUCCUGAUGGGGAGUUGCAGAAGCAUAAGGAGGUUGUGCAUUGCGUUACACUUCAUGAGAUUGAUGUCAUCAACAGCAGAACACAAGGAUUUCUGGCUCUCUUUACAGGAGCUACUGGUGAAAUGGAUUCAGAAGUGAGAGAACAGAUUGACACACAGGUAGCAGAGUGUAGGGAGGAAGGGAAGGCAGAAAUUGUGCCAGGUGUUCUCUUUAUAGAUGAGGUGCAUAUGCUUGACAUUGAGUGCUUUUCAUUUUUGAAUCGUGCUUUGGAGAAUGAGAUGGCUCCAAUUUUAGUUAUUGCUACGAAGAGAGGGAUCACUACGAUCAGAGGCACAAACUAUAAAUCCCCCCAUGGGAUUUCAAUUGAUCCCUUGAUCACCUGCAUAUAAUCACCGUUCAGCCUUAUACAGAGGGUGAAAUUCACAAGAUUCUUGACAUAAGAUCCCAAGAAUAAGAAGUUGACGUGUCUGAAGAGGCAAAGCAUUUGUUGACCAAGAUUGGUGUAGAUGCAUCCUUGAGAUAUGCCAUCCAUCUCAUAACAGCUGCUGCAUUGGAAUGCCAAAAACGGAAGGGAAAGAUUGUUCUCCAUGUUUAUCUGAUACUUGAUGGAGCAUCAGAAUCAGUACAUGUUCAACAAUGCUGAUGAAGAUGAUACCAAUGCCAUGCAAGCUUGAGAAGUCUCUCUGGACUAGAAAGACUUUGAGGUUAUUGGAGUAUGUUGCUUUAGCGGUUAUGUGCAGCAUUGAGCUUCGCUUAGGGGAAAUGGCAUUACAAGUAUGAUAUAUCCUGUGAGGGUGUUAGAAUUUGGCAAGUAGUUUUGUGGAUUUUCCAUGUGUAGAGUUGAAUCUGUAAUUUUUGUCUACAGUUCAUGUACUGAAUGGGAGACUGCAAAUAUGGGCUUCUCCCGCCCAAGCAUCGCCAAUUUUGGUUAUAAUGCUCAGAUCAAGUUCCUUGCUUAUACAAGUAUCCUUUACUUAAACUUCGUAGUAAAAACU